AUGGGCUCCCUCGUGGCCCACAACGCAUCAGCCUCCUACGCCUCCUCAGGCUUCUCUUGUCGCAUGGGCUGGGGCAAACGCCCUGCGCUUCUCCUCAUUGACGUCUGCACCGCCUACUGGAGCGAGGGUUCGCCACUGAGCAUACUGUCCAAUCCUGAUGGCGCACGGUCGCCAGAAUCGAUGCGCAAGCUGCUGGCCGCGGCGCGUGCUGGCAAUGUCCCCGUGAUCUGGACGGAGGUCAAGUACCAGAACAAGGACAUGUCCGACGCGGGGUUGUUCUGGUGCAAGACCAAGGCGUUGGAUGUGUGGAAGGAGGGCGACACGCGCGGGUUGGCGAACUGGCUCCCAGGGCUCGAGCCGGCGGAGAGUGACGUUCUGGUAACGAAGCGGUAUCCGAGUGCUUUCUUUGGGACGGCGCUGGCGACGGAUCUGCAGGUGCUCGGGGUUGACACGUUGGUUAUCUGUGGCGUGAGUACUUCGGGGUGUAUUAGGGCGACAGUGCUGGAUGCUAUGCAGCACGGUUUCAGGCCGAUGAUUGUGGGGACGGCUUGUGGGGAUCGAACGCCCCAGAUUCAUAAUUCGAACCUUUUCGACAUGGAUGCGAAGAAUGGCGACUGCGUAUCCGAGGACGAGGCGGUCACGAAGCUUACGGCAGGUUGGUAA